AUGCUUGCCCACUACCUGUUUGCCCUUGUGCUCGCGGCGUGGACUCCCCUCGCGGCCGGCAAGCCCACGUCGACCGGCCCCCCGGAUGCAACCGCCUCGGCCGAAUGGUUCCUCUGCGAUCUCCUCGGAUGUGCCAGCGAGACGACGGUCACGAGGACCAGGUGGCGGACUACCACCACUACCGCUACUGCGUCCAUCACCCUGACGGUGUCGCGGACGUGCGAGCUUGGCUCGACGACGACUCCCGUCGUCAGCAGCACUGCCGUCACCACUUCCAGCAAGGCUACCCUGACGACGACGACGAGCAGUGAGAUCGCCUCGGGCAGCACGACGACCGCUCUUAACACGACUCUCAUCUCGACGUCCAUCUCGUCGGAGGUCCCGACCUCGAUCGCCACCUCGUUCCCAUUUACCAACACUACAACGGCACCAGCCACCACCAUGAUCACUUCUGCUCCCUUCACGAACAGCACGACGGCGCCAACCACCUCCAUCGCCACGUACAGUCUCUCGUUGAAUUCAACCUCGACGUCUGGCACAACCGUCACCCUGACAUCGGCCUUCACAUCGUCCUCCGUCAUAAGCAGCGUUCCGGCCUCCUCCAAGACUUCUUGGAUCCCCAUCACCAACAGCACAUCCAAGCCCAGCACCACCGCCGUCAGCAGCACCCGGUGGUUGAACACGACUCGGACAUCUGCCGCGACCACAACCCCGACGUCCAACAUUACAUUGUCGUCGGUCUCAAGCAGCUUCCUAAACUCCUCCACCACGGUGUCCCGCAUCGCCAACGGCACCGUCACCAUCACUCCCAGCACGACACUCACGCCAACCUCAGGCUUCCCAUCGUCCUCGGUCGUCGUGACCACCACCGCCGGCAGAAGUGUCCCCUCCCCCUCCAAGCUCCAACCCUUCGAGUGCCUCACCGACGGCUACCUCAUCCAGUCCAAGACCCUCCUGCAAGUCAACCUCCGCACCGGCGCGCGGCGCGUCCUCGCCACCGGCGUCGGCGGCCACGGCGUCCCGGGCAUCAACUCGCUCGGCUACAACCCGCUCGACAACUACCUCUACGGGACGCAGGGCCAGGCCCUCGUGCGCAUCGGCCGCGACGGCCGCACCGAGCCCGUCCUCGCCCUCCCCUCCGCCGCCAACCUCGGCGACGUCGACAUCGCGGGCCAGUACUUCUUCAGCGACUCGGGCGCCGCCUGGGGACAGGUCGACCUCGCGCCUGGGUCUCCCCGCUACGGGCAGCUCGUCGCCGCGGGGAAUGCUACGCACGGCGGGCUUAGGAGGCUCUCUGACUGGGCCUUCACGCCGGCGCACCCCGGGUACGCGUACAGCGUGGCGAUUGAUAAUCGGCGCGUGCCGACGCUGGCGCGCUGGUCGACUGAGACGCAUGAGUGGGAGACGGUGCGCUGGUAUGACGAUACGAAGCUUAGGGCGACGCUGUUUGGCGCCGUUAUGGCUACGUCGGAUGGCGUCGUGUACGCAUCCGACAACGCCAGCGGGCAGAUAUUCAGGUUUCCCCUGAGGGAUCCUGCGAGCGCGUCCAAGGCGGGUGUCGGUCCGCGGGCGCGGUCCAGCGACGGUGCUCGAUGUGCUCUUGUGCCUGAUGCAUCGGAGUAA